AACAUUUAUAUUCGUAACAGGAAUGGACUCUAUCCAUCGCUCGUUCGGGUCUGAUUAAGUUACCGGAGAAGAUGGCCGAUUACCCAAAAGUGGUUCAACAACACAAAGAGAAACAACGUGAAAUUAGACGACAACUUGAGGAGCGUCUGGCGUCUCUACAACUGGAGGCUCGCAAUCUUCUGCUACUGUACCGGCCGUGGCGCUGCGUUGAGGCGGACUUUGCGGAGUUCCCAACCACGGAACUCGCAGCGGCUAUGAAUCCAAAAACGGUAGAUGUUGGUACUCUCAAGUUCCCAGCUUCAGAUAACUUCACAGCCGACACCGUGUAUGUGACGCCGACACAGCUCGCUGAGUUACGUGAAUUGGUGACAGAAUUACAAUCAGAAGAUGUUAAAAUUGAAUUAAACAUGAAGUUAGAAGGAUGUGCUGCUUAGUGUACUUUGAAUAUAUUAAAAACUAACUGUGGCUCGCGACUUUGAUCGCGUUAGAUUAAAAAAUAUAGCCUAUGUUAUUCACUGAUAAAUUACCUUUCUAAUGAUGUAAGAAUUUUUAAAAUUGU